UCCCUCCUCCGCUGAUCCCUCUUCAUUCGUUUUCACCUCUCCCAUGUCCUAUUCCUCACCUUCCCCUUCCCCUUCCCUCCACCCGACCCAGUUGCUCCGCCCCGUGCUCCGUCCUGCCGCUGGGAGCAGCGUCCGGUGACCCCUUGUUGCUCCGCCCCGACCUCCGUCCUGCUGCCGGGAGCAGCGGUCGGUGACCCCCAGUUGAUCACCACAGUCCCUGCAGGUUCAGUACCGGAUCGACCUCAAGCACACCAGAUCUGGACACCUCGAGAGGAGAUUGACAUCUUGACCAUCCCUGCACCUCAUCCCUGAUCUUAGAGCGCAACGUUUUUGCAAGUAACAUUGGACCCUUAAUGGGGAUUAGAAAGAUGGGGAGUAGAGUGGCUAGCCACUCAGUUCAUCAAGAUGCACAAGUACAAAAUCAAAAUAAUCUCCUUCAAGCCCAACAGCUCCAGAGGCAUUUCACUCCUCAAAUGACUAUCCAUAACCAGAAUCUGACAGCACAGCAGCAGCACCAGCUGCUGCAGCAACAACAGUGGAUGAGGCGGAACCAAAUGAUGGGCCCCCGCGGCGCUCUUAUGAUGUUGGACAAAACCCAGACCCUGGUAAACGUGAAGCUCGAGAAUACCAUGGAUUCACAAAUCGAUAGCCCGUACGGAUCUCUCACCAGACAACAACAACAGAUGCAGCAGCAGCUACUGCAGCAGCAGCAACAGAAGCAGCUCCAGCAACAGCAGGUAUUGCAGCUUCAACACCACCACCAGCAACAGCUGCAGCAGCAGCCGCUCCAGCAGCAACAACAACUCCAGCAGCACCACCACCACCAACAGCAACAGCUCCAGCAGCACCACCACCACCAACAGCAACAGCUCCAGCAGCACCACCACCAGCAGCAACAGCAGCUUCAGCAGCAUCUGGGCAUGUCCGGAAACCAGAGCGCCGAAGCCCAGCUAGCGCAGCAGCAGCUGGGCAUGAUGGAAACCAGAGCGCACAAGCCCAUCUAGCACAGCAGCAGCUGGGCAUGUCUGGAAACCAGAGCGCCCAUGCCCAGUAGUUCAAACAAGCGCCGCAGUCGAUGAACUCGUAUGGCAUGCGGGUGCUGCCUGUGAAGGUGGAGGCGUUCCAUGAACUGGUGAGCGGGGACUCGUCCAGCGACACCAGCAAACUCACAUCUCCCAAGUAGACCAUCCAUCCUUGUGCUGAUGAAAAUGUACGGUCGCUGUACUUGCAAGUCUACCAUCUCAUCUGUACUUGUGACCUCUUGGUCACAAGGCAGCAGCUUAACCACUGCGCCAAGGCUCCCCUUCGUGUGCCCAACAAAUAGAACAACAAAAUAAGCUACCAAAGGUACAAAAUAAACUUCCACGUGAUUACAGGUUCUAUAAUGAGAUAUCAUUUGCAGUUUCUAAACUGCUAGCUGAAAAUAUCCAAGUCAAAUUGCAUAAAGUAAGUACCAGUGGGCAGUGGACAAUUGAUUUAUUGUGCAGAAAAUAUUUUAAAACAGGUGUGCAAAUAUCAAUGGUGUAUAGCAUCUGUACAGAAAACAAUGGGAUUGUAAGUAGCACAAACACCUCUUCAGAGCUGCUUGUGAAUUGGGAGUAUUCUGAGCUUCUGACUGUCGAGAUUUUUUUCA